AGUGCGAGGCUGCGAGGUAGUCUUCCUGGGGACAAUGGCUGAGGCGGCGGCCAGAUCGUAGCGGUAAUCGGAAGCCAUCGGAGCGGAGAGACGUCGUAUAGAGCACCGUCACCAUGAGCGGCCCAAUUCCCUUCCUCGGGAGCAAGAUCAGCCUCAUCUCCAAGUCUGAAAUUCGCUAUGAGGGGAUUUUGUACACCAUCGACGCGCAGGAGUCCAUUAUUGCGCUGGCCAAGGUCAGAUCCUUUGGGACAGAAGACCGUCCAACCGAGAUGCCAGUUCCGGCCAGGGAAGAAGUGUAUGAGUACAUCAUCUUCCGAGGCACAGACAUCAAGAAGAUUGAAGUGUGUGACACCCCCAAGCAACCAACUCUCCCUGGGGGCCUCCACAAUGACCCGGCAAUUGUUCAGCAUUCAGCCCCAGCAGUUCCAUCAUCCUUCCAGGCAGCCCCAUUCUCCAGGCAGUCCCUUGGUCCAAUAGGGGGGAGCCUGGGCCUGUCCUAUGGUUCCUAUGGCCAGUCAAUCACCCAGCAGGGUAUUCCCGGAGCUGGAGGGUUUCCCAUGGGCACCACAUCCCAGCCCAGUGAGUUGAGUACUGUGGGCACGAGUGGUGGUAGUGGUGUUGGUAACCUGGAUCAGCCCUCGGGAAGUGCCCCCGUGGCUGUACAGGCCCCCAUUGGCCCCCCUCCCCAGUCGGGUGCUCAUGCCCUUCAUCAAACAGACAUCCUGGUGGGGUCGAGGUCCUCUACACCAACGGCCCGGAAGUCCCCAGUUUCUGAUGCUGGCGUGCAGGUGUCCCCACCCCCCAACAGGGAGGAGAAGAAAAAGCCCCAGCAGAGACAACCCCAGCAGGAAAGAGUCCAGCGUAAUGGGAGCCAGCCCGUGCAGGUCCGUCGGGGCAACCCACCCCAGGCCCACCAGCAGCAGCAACAGCAGCAGCAGCAUCACCAACAACAGCAUCACCAGCACCAGCACAUGGGGCCUCAGCAGGGUCAGCAGCAGCACCACCAGCCCUCCAUGCAGCAGGGACAGCAGCACCAGCAGCACCACAGCCAGCACCACUACAACAAUCAGUACUAUCAAUACCAGCAGUACCAGGGGCGUGGCGGGGGCAUGAACCGGGGCCGGGGCACCAGGAGACCCACAGGGCAGCGGGGUCGGGGCCAGAGCUUCAACCAAGGCAACCGGCAGAGGCAGUUCCAGGACCGCCAGCUGUUUGAGAAGGACUAUGACUUUGAGCAGGCCAACGAGGAGUUUGAGGAGCUGCGGAACCAGCUGGCCAAGACCAAGAUCACAGAGAACGGUGACAAGAAGGACGAUUCCGGCCACGAGACAGCGGGGGAGACUGUGGAGGAGGACCCCAACACCUGUUACGACAAGACAAAGUCCUUCUUCGACUCCAUAUCCUGUGAGGCCAUUGAGCGCAGCAAAGGGAAGAGCCAACGUCCAGACUGGCGGUUGGAGCGCAAGAUUAACGUGGAAACGUUUGGCGUGAGUUCGGCCAGGAGAGGCUACUACCCACGGGGCCGAGGAGGAUACUACCGCGGGGGAUACUACCGCACCUACAACAAUUACAACCACGGAUACUACAGCAGGGGUGGUGGCAGCGGUGGGUACAGGGGCGGCCGAGGGGGUGGUGGCAUGGGGAGCAGCAGUGGUGGCCGGGGGAUGGCAGUGGGGGGAGGUGCACCAGGAGCAGUAGGAGUGGCACCAGCAGCAGCACCCGCGGCAGCAGCAGCGGUAGCAGCAGGAGCACCGGCCCCAAGUGCGCCGGUAGUGGCAGGCCUGAACGGAGUCUCACAACGAGGGGGGGGUGGCGCGGGCUCCUACUCGGCCACAGUCAGAAAUUCCACCCCCACCAAGUAGCCGUGGGGGUGCAGAAAGACUCCCAGUGACGGUGUGUUGCUCGGACGGAGAGAUUGAUGAACGCGCUGGAAUUAUCUUGAAACACUGUGCCUAGAUGAAGGAAGUAUUAAAGCUUUAAUAGAUGCAAAAGAACCCUUGCUUUCGGUGUUGGUCUGUAAGGGUCGUUCCAGGACUCUGGUGUCAUAAUACAAAGGGUACAGCAGUUUGAGGUAAUUUGUCGGUUCUAACUCGUUUAGAAAAAUAUUACAGACUUAGUAUUUUUGUUAUAUUUCAUGAAUUUCACACAAGAGGAGAAUAAUUUGGUUUCAUGGUGAUUGCAAUUCUUUAUCUGAUGAGCAGAUAGAUAGUGCUAUACAAGACCCAGUGAGGUGUAGAAGACUUGACCUGUUCAGACAUGGGAAUGCUGUGACUGGAAUGAAGGAACCGGAAUGAUCACAGAAACGGAAUCAGUUGGCAUGAAGGUAUGAAUGAGGCAAGGAAGAGACUGGAACCUGGCAAGCUUAAGAUAAGGAACUUUACGAGAGAAUGUGUUGAACAGGUCUUAACCUUUUCACUGAUGCUGGUGUUUGUGUUCUCGUUGACACGACCAGCGACAGCAUCUUAAUUUUGUAGUCUUCUAGGUGCAAGCCGCGAAGAAUUAUGGAAGUCCACGUUUUGUUAGGUGAUUUGUAUACACUAUACUUAUUUUUUAUCUUCGGCAAGUGGCAAAAAAUACCUAUAAAUUCAUACGUACAAAUAAGUCCCUUCUUGAGGAUACUAGGCAGAUAGGAUGGAAGGGUUGAUCAGAACCUGCAUGUAAACAGAUUGUGUGUACGUAGGUUUGUUGCUUGGUUGGUUAGGUGAUUGGUUGCGACAGAUGGAUCUAGAGGGAGGCGAAUUGUACGUCGGUAAAUAAGAAAGACGUAUCGAUAAUGACCACAGUGUUGACAAUUUUCUAUUAGACUUGACCAACCGGCUAGUAUAUUAGGAAAACCCAAGGAGAGGAAAGAGGGAAGAUUGUUUGUAUGUAAAAAUGUUCAAGAUUUGCCAGGGUGGUGAAUGGUGACACUCAAGACAUGAACGAUAAGAAAAAUAAAAAGAAAGAAAAUGUGACAAAAGAAGAAAAUUAUGCAAAGAAGUACAUGACAACAAAUCCUCCAGUGAUCAGUUAUAUAAUUGAAGAUUAUACAACCAGCUGGCCAGUUUUAUGGAUACCCAAGGAAAGAAAUGGAAAUGGAAAUCUGAUGAAUUUUGUAUUGUGUUGACUUAAUGGCUGGCCAGGGUGAAUAUGAAAUGGAGAAGAUUGUAUGUCACUAAAUAUGUACAAUGUGUUAAUGCAUAACCCAGUGACAGUUUACAUGCAUUGCAAGACUAAUAUGGCUGGACAGGCUGAUACAGAAGACAAAAAGACUGCCUGUAAGGAGAUAGUACAAGAUGUACAACUACAAACCGCCCGAGUGAAGCAUUUGAAGAAUAAAAGGAGAGACUACACUUGGCCACUUGCUCACCGAAUCAAUAUACAAGACCAUGAACCAGACUAUAAGAAGAAAGAAGCAUGAAGAUAAUGAUAGAGGAAAAAAAGAAAGAAGCCUUUAGAUAUUGAUUUAAGGAAAGAAGUAAGUCUGGAGAUAAUGAUACCAGAAAACAAGAAGAAGGAAGGCUGAAGAUACUGAAAAGUAGAAAAAGGAAGAAAGAAAAUAGCCCGAGUUUUUAAGUAUACAAGAUAAGGAGAAAAAGAAUGAGCCUGGAGAUACUAAUACAAGAGAGAAGAAAGCCUGGAAAUAGUGAUAAAAGGAAGAGAGAAGUCUGAAGUUACUGAUGCAAGAGAUUCACACCAGCAAGAAGGGCGUGGCUGACCGUAGGUUAGUCGACGCCUCUGUCCCUGCACACCACCAUUGGUACAUCAGGAAGGAUUGGCUCAGCAGGCGGGGCAGUGGACAGACAGCAGCAGCGGGGGACAGCGAAGACCAUCACCCGCGUCGCCUGAGAAAAUUCGACAAAAAGUGCUUUGGAACAUCUAUUUUUACAAUAAAUGGAAAGCACAAA